UUAAUACACCAGCAUUAUUUAUAGCAUGGCUUCAAGAAACAUAUCAUGCAGUAAAACUAGGUUCAGCACAGGCUUCUAUGAAAGCGCUUAUGUCUGAUAAAUUUCUUUUUAUUGAUACUUCAGAAACAUAUGAAAAAUGGAUUAGGCCACGU